AGGGCCGCGCAGGUUUCACUUCGCUCCGCGCAGUCGCUGGGUCUCAAGCUCGUGGUAUCGCUGCGCUCCGCACCGCCGCCACCGCCGCCACCGCCGCGGGAUGCCUGCAGCCAGCCUGUGAGCCUUGCCCCAUUGGAGUCAGAACCGCCUCGGGCAGCUCGGUUCGCGUCGCUCCCACGUCUUCCACCUCGGCACCCUUCCCUUGGCUCUUGUGCCCCCAAUGUCUGACUCUGAUUCUCGGACUGAGAAACGCAAGAAAAAAAGACCAAAUGGCAAAGCAACCUUCCGAUGUAAGUUCUGAGUGUGACAGAGAAGGUGGACAAUUGCAGCCUGCAGAGAGGCCUCCCCAGCUCAGGCCUGGGGCCCCUACCUCCCUUCAGACAGAGCCUCAAGGUAAUCCCGAAGGCGAAGGGGACCGCUGCCCCCACGGCAGCCCUCAGGGCCCGCUGGCCCCACCGGCCAGCCCUGGCCCUUUUGCUACCAGAUCCCCGCUUUUCAUCUUUGUGAGAAGAUCUUCCCUGCUGUCUCGAUCCUCCAGUGGGUAUUUCUCUUUUGACACAGACAGGAGCCCGGCACCCAUGAGUUGUGACAAAUCAACACAAACCCCAAGCCCUCCUUGCCAGGCCUUCAACCAUUAUCUGAGUGCAAUGGCCUCUAUGCGGCAGUCUCAGGCAGAACCUGCAGACACGCGCCCGGAGAUCUGGAUCGCGCAGGAGCUGCGGCGGAUCGGAGACGAGUUCAACGUGUACUACCCGCGGCGGAUGGAUCACAGCUGCCAGAAAUUCGCCGCGGAGGGCAUCUGGGACGUGGACGCGUGUGCAGGGUACUUUUUAAUAAUUACCAAGCAGAAGACCACCCCCCGAUGGUCAUCUUGCGCCUGUUGCGUUACAUCAUCCGCCUGGUGUGGAGGAUGCACUGACAGAGUCUCCCGGGUCGGACACACGCAGGCCCUUCGCUCCCGCCGGGGCCAAGCCCAGCCCACGCCCGCAGCCCCUGCUCUGCAGCCAGUGCUUCCCCAGCGUGGAGGGCGGCCAGCGGCAGCACAGAAGACCCUGCGUCCGGUGGACUUGACCUUGCCGUCCACCGCGCCGUGCCCGCUGGAAGUCGCUGCGAAUGUAAAUGGGGAGGAUUCCUUGAGACGCGGGAACUGGUCCGGAGCGCGAUCCUCUGGAGAAGGGCGUUUCCUCGCGGGCUUCCCACCUCCUGGAGCAAGAGCAGGUUUUUUUCACAAAGGCGAUGGAAACUUUGUAACCAGCUUGUGAUGAUUUUGUACUAAGAGGUGGAGCCCAUGCCCUAUCUCAGAGGAUCGCCCACGCCCUGCCGUGGAACUGAGCCAGCUAGUGCUAAGGCUGCCUUAGUUUAUUUUCAGAGAUUCUAGACAGAAGUCUUUAACAGGGAGGGUUGUGAUGGUGCUCCCCCCACCGCUGUGUCUUUGAGCUUUUUUGAGUUGUUGUUAAUACCAAAAGUGAAGAAAUGGAACUGGUCAGGGGCACGCACGUGGCGCCUCCUGCCCUGCACACUGUUUACCUCCCUAGCCUCCGCGGCCUCCGUGGCAGCUCCCGACUGUCCUUCCUGCUCCCCGGCGAGGCCGCUCCAGGGGUCUGGGUGCUGGUGCGUGGGCGUGGGGUGGACGUCCUCGCGAUAGCAGGAGUGGUCACCGGGCAUCUCACGCCUUCGCUGGUCUCUGACUGGCGAGCUGGGGCGUGCCACGUGGGUCCCCUGGCCCACAGGGACUUGUCCCGGGGUGUUCUGAAGAGGGAGCGCCAUGCCGUGGCCACAGGCACACUUGGCAUCGGCCCUUGGGGGCCACAUGCUGAUGGCCACCAGCCCAGCUGCAGCCCUGCCUGCUGGCCCCUCCCGGGAGUCCACAUAGACACCUGGGGCUCCCUAUCCUCCUGGGGUGUGACGCCUGCCCCGAUCCUGCUCCUCUCAGCCCACGUUGGAAGGGCAGCUUGUUCUGCCUUCACCGGUACCCUGGGGCAGGGUCCAGCCUGUCCCUUGAGCCUUCCAGAAACU